AUGGGCAUCUCGCUCAAGGACCAACUCCGCAGGCUCGAGGAGGACGCCCCCAAGUCCCUCGACCCCGAGGCCGCCUACUCCUCCCUCGACAGCAACGAGCGCCCCCAGCGCGAGGCCGGUGAGGGCCGCGAGCACUAUGUCGAUGUCGGCCCCUCGCGCCUCCGCGCGGCUGCUGGUGGCGACGAGACUGCCCAGACUCUCUUGACGGAGAAGUACGGCGGUCAGGCCAGCUCGCGCAUGAAGAUCUUUGACGACGACGAUGAGGAGGACGAUGAGGAGGAGCAGGGCGCGUUUGGCGGUGACGACGAUGAGGACGACGACGACGAGGAUGAGGACGAGGAGGACUUUGACGAGGACGAUGAGGAGGAAGAUGACGAGGAGGAGGACGAGGAUGACGAGGAUGAUGAUGAGGAAGACGAAGAGGAGGAGGACACCCGACCUGCUCCAUCUGGCCGCGCACUCGACCCCAUGGGCGCGCUCCGCGAGUCCAGGCUAAAGGACAUUGAGAAGGGCCGUGGCAUCAAGCGCCAGAGGGACCUGUUUGACACUCUCCUUACUCUCCGCAUCACCUUCCAAAAGGCCCUCCCGGCCUCGUUCAAGGUCCCCGGUGACGCUGCCGACAUUGCCGACCCCGAGGGCGAGGUGGCCACCAAGCGCGCCGAGACUCUUGCCUCGCUCGCGUCCCUCAACGAAAAGCUCUUUGCGCUGCGCGAAGCCAUCACUCUCCCCGGCACCGAGGCGCCCGCAACCAAGCGCCGACGCACAUCCGACGAGGCCGACGAGGAGGGUUACUGGGCCGAGUCUGCCGCCGACUCGUUCGCGCUUGUCGACGCCGCCCACACGCAGCUCGUCCCCGUGCUCAACAAGUGGUCGACCAAGAUCCACGCCGCCUCCUUGCAGCUCGGCAAGGCUGGCGGAUCCAAGUUUGCCCAGGCCACGAAGGGUGCCGUCGGCGUCGUCGAGGCCAUUGACGCGAGCCUCGCGCAGAGGCGCGACGCGCCCAAGCCCCUCCUCGAGAGCGAGGAGGCAGGCUACCGCGCCCUCCUCCGUGAGGUCAUUGAGAGCCGCCAGGGCGCCGGCGUGGACCUGUCCCACCUCAGGAGGGAAAAGAAGAAGAAGCGCGAGGCCGAGCGUGGCGGAAGCAAGGGAAGGAAACUGAGGUACACUGUCCACGAAAAGGCCGCCAACUUCCUCGUCCCCGUGCCCCUCGAGAACGGCUGGCACGAGGAGCAGGUCGACGAGCUCUUCUCGUCCCUCUUUGGCGGUGUCGGUCUUGCCGGCGCCCUGUCCGCCGUCGCCCCCGAGGCUGGUGCCGCUGCCGUCGGUGCGGGCCUGAUCGAGCUCGGAGGUCUCAAGGUGUUCUAA